AUGUUACAGACCAGAAAGUACGACUUCUUCCCCAACGAAGAUAUGUCAGACGAUGACGAUGAUGAUGCAACCGAAAGCGUAGACGAAGGCGAGGAGGUACUCGACGUCACCAUGGACAGCGAGGACGAGGAAGGGACUGGCGACGAGAACGAAGAGAAUGAAGACAUUGAUGAUGAGGAGAGCGAUGAUGAAGAUCCGUUUGGCGCCGCACAGAAUGGUUCUCAGAAGAAAGUUUCUGCAGCGAUGUUGCGUAGCGCGAAUACUGCAAGAGCUUUCUCCGACAUCUUUGCUGUCAAGAGAACGAAAGUACGAAAGGUCUAUCUACAAAGUCAGCUUGACUACACAGAGGAUGGUCAUUUCACUCAAGUCAAAGCGAUGAUGAAAGAAGACGUUAAGGCGGACCAUCUUCUGGGAGAGUACAAGGAGUAUAUCAUCAAGAAUCUUCGAUCGGCAUACAUCGAACGCGAGGAAGAGAUAGUAAGGAAAGACAUGAAGAACAAAGAAUUCAGGAUGGGCGUACUUGCUGUUUCCGCAAGGCAAUACAGUCUCUGUCUGCCUAACGACUUCGAUGGUAACGACGACGAAAUCGUGGCCCCUGAGCUGACCUCAGAAGCGACUGGGCUACCUCGAUUGCGAUAA